AAUAAAAUCCAUUCGUAAGGACAAAAUUAAGGAUGAGCAAGAUAUGGUUCACAUCAGACGGGAGAUUGAGAUCAUGUCAUCCCUCAGCCACCCUCAUAUCAUCACCAUAUAUGAAGUGUUUGAAAAUAAAGAUAAGAUUGUGAUCAUCAUGGAGUAUGCAAGUAAAGGAGAAUUGUAUGAUUACAUCAGUGAGAGGCGGCGAUUAAGCGAAAGAGAGACAAGACACUUCUUUCGACAAAUAGUCUCUGCUGUACAUUACUGCCACAAGAACGGUGUUGUCCACAGGGACCUAAAGUUGGAAAACAUCCUUCUUGAUGACAAUUUUAAUAUUAAGAUUGCUGAUUUUGGACUCUCCAACCUUUAUCACAAAGACAAGUUUCUGCAGACCUUUUGCGGAAGCCCACUGUAUGCUUCCCCUGAAAUAGUUAAUGGAAGACCUUACAGAGGCCCAGAGGUUGACAGCUGGGCCCUUGGUGUAUUGCUUUACACUCUGGUUUAUGGAACGAUGCCCUUUGAUGGCUUCGAUCACAAAAAUCUCAUCAGGCAGAUCAGCAGUGGAGAAUAUCGUGAGCCAACACAGACCUCAGAUGCUCGUGGUCUUAUCAGAUGGAUGCUGAUGGUGAACCCUGAACGCCGAGCAACUAUCGAAGACAUUGCCAACCACUGGUGGGUUAACUGGGGCUACAAGAGUAGUGUUUGUGACUGUGAUGCCAUGAGGGACUCCGAGUCCCCAUUGCUGGCAAGAUUCAUUGAUUGGCAUCACCGUGCUACUGGCCUCCAACCAGAGACUGAUACCAAAACAAAGUGCCUUUCUAAGCCCAAAGGUCCUGAAGUCACACUAGAGAGACAAAGGUCUCUAAAAAAAUCAAAAAAGGAAAAUGACAUUGCACAGUCCAUCCAGGAAGGGGGAGCUGAAAAUGCAUCCAAACCCACCUCCAAGAGACCCAAAGGCAUCCUGAAGAAAAGGAGCAACAGUGAACAUCGAUCUCACAGUGCAGGUUUCAUUGAAGGAGUGGUCAGCCCAGUGUUACCCUCUGCUUUUAAGCUGGAGCAAGAGUUGUGUAGGACUGGCGUAGCCAUUAAAAGUGUUGUGGAGGGAGAGGUAGCGGGCAAAUACGGCACUAAGCAGUCUUCACUAAUGCCAAAAAAAGGAAUCUUAAAGAAAACUCAGCAGAGGGAGUCUGGCUACUACUCCUCUCCAGAACGAAGUGAAUCUUCUGAACUCUUGGACAAUAAUAAUGAGACAGUAAACAGUGACACUUCUCCAGGGGUCACAGAGCCAUCCAGAAAUGGGUCUUACAGCCACUCCUGUAGGCGUAAGGGCAUCUUGAAACAUAACAGCAAGUAUUCUACCAGCAGCACUGAAUCUGCUUUGAUUAGCCCUGACACACCAACUCUGGAGGCCAUGGAAGAAGUGGUCCUGCCUGGGGAUGCAUUACCUCGAAGUUACAGUCGCCCUUCCAGCGUGAUUAGUGAUGACAGUAUUUUGUCCAGUGACUCCUUUGAUUUGCUGGAUUUGCAAGAGAACAGGCCAAACAGACAGAGGAUACGGAGCUGUGUCUCUGCUGAAAAUUUCCUCCAGAUCCAAGACUUCGAAGGACUUCAGAACCGCCCACGGCCACAGUAUCUAAAGCGUUAUCGCAACCGUCUGGGGGACAGCAGUUUUUCCCUUCUCACAGACAUGGAUGAUGUGACUCAGGUCUACAAGAAAGCCCUAGAGAUCUGCAACAAACUCAACUAG